UGUUAUAAAUCCUUUAAAGAGACUUUUAACCCAAGAUCCAUUUAUAAAUUAGACAUUUCAAGUGACUAGUAUUUUGUGCAGUGGACAACAAAAUGAUGUUCUUUCUAUUCUUGGUAGCUCUUCCUAUUAUGCUCAUUUUUCUUCUUCACAAAACGAAAAUAAGUAGAAAUACCAUUCUGCCACCAGGUCCUUUAGGUUUACCACUCAUUGGAAAUUUGCAUCAGUAUGAUGGUUUAACCCCUCAUCUCUAUUAUUGGAAACUUUCCAAGAAAUAUGGAAAAAUCUUUUUGCUGAAACUUGGUUCUACUCAAAUGGUUGUAGUUUCUUCAGCAAAAUUAGCAAAAGAAGUAAUGAAGAAACAAGAUUUAGCAUUUUGUAGUAGACCAUCUACUCUUAGCCUGCAAAAAUUGUCUUACAAUGGUCAUGAUAUUGGCUUUGCACCUUACAAUGACUAUUGGAGGGAAAUGAGAAAAGUUUUUGUUAUUCAUUUGUUUAGUCUCAAGAAAGUGCGAUCUUUUAGUCCAAUUCGUGAAGAUGAAGUCUCAAGAAUGAUUAAGAAAAUAGCUCAGCAAGCUACCACUUCACAAAUCACCAAUUUGAGCAAUACAGUGAUUACACUAACAAGUACAAUUAUUUGUAGAAUAGCUUUUGGCAUUAGGUAUGAUGAAGCAGCACAUGAAAAGAGGAGAUUUGAUGAAAUUUUGACUGAGGCUGAAGCAAUGCUGGCUAGCUUCUUUGUCUCUGACUUUUUUCCUUCUUUAAGCUGGAUUGAUAAACUCACUGGAUUGACUGAUAGACUUGAUAAGAAUUUCAAGGAUUUGGAUGAGUUUUAUGAAGAACUCAUUGAGCAGCAUCUCAAUCCCAAUAGGCCAAAAUCCAUGGAUGGGGACAUUCUUGAUCUUUUGCUCCAAUUGAAGAAAGAGAAAUCAACGCAAGUAGUUCUCACUUUGGAUGAUAUAAAAGCACUUGACAUGAAUGUAAUAGUUGCAGGAUCAGACACUAGUGCAGCUACAGUAGUAUGGGCGAUGACAGCCUUGAUGAAGAACCCAAAAGCUAUGAAGAAAGUUCAAGCAGAAAUAAGAAAAUUAGUUGGGAAGAAAGGCAUUGUGAAUGAAGAUGACAUCCAAAACAUGCCUUAUCUCAAAGCAGUGAUAAAAGAGACAUUAAGAUUGUAUCCACCAACUCCGCUCCUAUUGCCAAGACAAUCAAUUGAAAAGUCCACACUAGAAGGGUAUGAAAUUCAGCCAGGAACUAUUAUUCAUGUUAACUCAUGGGCAAUUGCAAGAGAUCCUGAAAUAUGGGAAAAUCCAGAAGAAUUUGUACCCGAAAGAUUCUUAAAUAACAAGAUUGAUUUCAAAGGACAAGACUUUGACUUAAUACCAUUUGGAGCAGGAAGAAGAGGGUGUCCAGGGAUUACACUAGGAGUUGCAAUCGUGGAACUCGCAUUGUCAAAUCUUCUUUUUGCAUUUGAUUGGGAGUUGCCUUGUGGGAUGAAAAAAGAGGAAAUUGACACAAAUGUUAAGCCUGGAAUUGUAAUGCAUAAGAAGAUUGAUCUUUUUCUUAUUGCUAAAAAUUAUCUCUAGACUACACUCAGAUGUGGAUAUAAGGUGAGUUCUGUGAAGGCACAGUUGAACUUAUGUAUACAUGUCCAAAGCACAUUUAAUGUACACCUGAUAAAAUCAUCCUCAUGCCAAACCUAUAGAAACUCUGAACUUUGUAUUUGCUUUUCGCUUCAGCUAAUUUUCGAAGUGUUGCAUUUUAGUUCUUUUCUGUAUAAGGUUCUUUGUGGGGUGGGGCUGUUGAAUUAAAGAAGAAACACCUUUUGCCACUAUAUCCAAAACCGACCGCAAAAAUCGACCGUCGAUGGUCCAACACCGACCGAGAAA